AUGGAUGCGGCAGCCCUGGUGGCUGGCCCUGGCAUACACCGCCUCCAGUGUCCGCCCACAACCUUCCAAUCCGACCACGACUGCCUCAUCCACAGCAAGUCAGCCGACAAGCACGCCUCGUCCCGUGCAGACCACACAGGCAACUCGCGCACAGCCUCUGAACAAUGGGCCCUUGUCUUCCAAUCUUCCACAGCCGGGCACCGGUCGCUCACCAAUGUGCCACCUCCGCGCUCUUGUCAGCGUCGCAAAGCCAAUCGACCGCAACACGUGACCCACCUCCUGCAAGAACAGUUGCACGAGGACCUUUUUGAUUGGGAUAACCCCGAAGGCGCAGCUGAAACGCUGCUACAUCAAGACGUGACGCUGGCCCUUCUUGAUGGGCUGCUUGGAAGCGGUACGGGCUUCUCUGUCAGGGGCCGUUUUGCCAACAGCAUCCUCGAAUUCAAACUUGAAACUAUGAUUUUCCGUCUGACCGGUUGGUAUUCACGUGCUCUAGACUUUGUGGGCGAGGAGACGCACGCUUCGACCUCGCCGCCGACACGAGCACCUCCAGGUGCGUAUGAUGUUUCAUUGCCGACCGCUUCAAUCAAGAGUCAUGUGCGCACGCUUAUCCAUGUCAGCAUACCCACCCGAACCAACGCUCUGCAGAUGCACAGAACCAUGAAGCAGCCGGAACUGCAGCAGCAAACCCACAAGCCUAUGCAACUUCAUCGACCGAGCCGCAACAUGAACAAGAAUUUGAUAUUGAAGCUGCCCUGGAGAUCGCGAGCAAGUCUUCGUGACAUCAAGUAUCACCUGUGCUGA